AUGUCACCUGCCCCGAUCGUCCAGGGCGCAAUGACCGCCACCAACUCAGCCUCGACCUCACCUACGCCUUCACAAAAGCAGAACUCAGCCAGUCCAACCCAGUUCGAUGACAUCUUUCACAACAAGUUCAUGAAGAUCAUCGAGGAUUGGAAGAAUGAUCCGGCUAGAGGCCAAUUGACUCAGCGUGAUCGCAAGGUGUUCAUCGAGACCGCCUUCUCGGAGACCGAUGAUAUCUACUUUGGAAAUCGGUCAUUGUCCGACCAAGAGAUCAAGCUGCGGGCCCUGACUAAAGUCUUCUACAAGGUUCUAGCUGAGGAGCCUUGGUCUGAGGACUGGAUUCGUGCUCCUGAUGUCGAGCGUAAGCUCAGCAAAUUCGAGAUGCACAAGGACUCUGUUGCUCGUGCUGCCGAGCACAACCUUCGCACUCCACGUGAAGCUGUAAAGGCCGCGCGCGAGGCCGAGCUCAAAGCCAAAGAAACUCUUAAAGAGGCUAUCAAGGCGGGCAAGAAGGAGAAGGAUGUCAAGAUUCCCCGUGGACCGUAUGACGAUAUCGAGAUCAUCUACAUUGCCGGUACCGUGUCUUCGACUGCUACCAAUAAGAUUGAUCGUGACAAUAUCUACCCCGUCUCUGUCAGCUCCGUCGCGAACGUCUUGCAGAACCACAUAUGUCGGGACAUGGUUCGCCCAUUUUCCAUGGCCGAGCGCUUCAUCAACUGCACCGACACUCGCGAGCUUGAUGAGAUGCGCCAAUUCGCCUGCAAUGUCUGCGACUUUGCUCCUCAUCUCCUCGACAACGAUAACGUCAGUCUCCUUGUCGUCCUUCUCAUUCUUUCUCGCUCGGACUGUUGCCGUAGGUUUCAAAACAACGGUAUCCGCAUCGAGGGCUCCACCAUCAGCCACCGCAAGGCCGAGUGCAUGAAAAACAAAAUGGGUUGGCGCUCCUCCGAGGAAAAGAAGCCUUAUGACACUUUCGCGAUUGAGUUUCAGACUCGUGUCAAGAACGCUUGCUUUCCCGCCCCUCGCGCUCAAGGUCUUCGUGGCCGCAAACCGCCUCGCAAGUCAUCCACUCCCGCCACACCCACCCAUCCCAUAUACGGUCCGCCGCUCAUGGGCUACGUCGCUCCUCCCCAAGUUCGCCCCGAAGGCGUCAACACGGCAAUCAACAUCCCAGCUCCCGCUGUACAGAGCAUCUACAGCCCCGGCUCCAGUUCUCGUGGCGUCAAGCGAAACCACCCCUCCACAGAUGAAGGCGACAGCAGCACCGAGCCCAUGGACCUUUCCUAG